AUGCUUCACUUCAGGACUUCACUGCUGCUACUUGCCCUCUUGGCCGGCACUGCCUCGGCUCUGGUCCCACCUGUUACCACUCACUCCGUGACAAAUCUGCACAAUAUUCGAGGAGGUGGUGCUCGUGGGAAGCGACAACCUUUGACAAAAUUGAAAUCGGAUGCGGCUGCUGCUGUUCCUGGCGAGAGUGGUGAUGGCACUGCUACUAUUCCCAAUGAAGUAUUCAACUUGGUCAAGGGGAUUGUGGGUAGUGGAGUCCUUUCUCUGCCGUAUGGUAUUGCCGUUUAUGGAAAUGCUCCCUCGGCUGUCCUACCAGCCACCAUUUUGAUUACUAUCAUGGGUAUGAUUUCUGCCUACACAUUUGGACUUAUUGGACGGGUCUGCCAAGCCACCGAUACCAUGUCCUACAGUGAUGCCUGGGAUGCCACCAUUGGAUCCUCUUCCAGUGCCUUGAUUGCAUUUUCCUGUUUCUUUGAUUGUUUUGCCGGCUGUUUGAGUUAUUCCAUGAUUUUGGCAGAUACCUUUGUCAAUUUAUUGGCAUUUGCUGGUGUCUCCGUUACCCGCACGCAAUCUCUCCUGGGAGUCACAGGAUUUGUGUUGACACCACUCUGCUUUCUCAAAAAUCUCAAAUCAUUGGCACCAUUCUCCUUGGUGGGAAUUCUAGGAAUGCUCUACACGUUUGUUGCUAUGGCAAUUCGAUACUUUGGUGGUGCCUACGCUGUUGGAGGAGCCUUUCGGGAUACAGCACUCAAGGCACCUGUGUUUGGCACUGCUGGAGCCGCGUCCGCUUGGAGUCCCAAAGCACUGAUUUUGACCUGCAUGCUUUCCAAUGCAUACAUUGCCCAUUUCAAUGCCCCCAAAUUCUUGAAGGAACUCAAGAACAAUACCAUGCCACGAUUCCACCAAGUCAUUGGAUGGAGUUUUGGAGCCAGUGUGUUGCUCUACGCUGGAAUGUCAGCUCUGGGAUUCCUUACAUUUGGAGCUGCCAGCAAUGGACUCAUCCUGAACAGUUAUUCCAACAAGGAUCUUCUCAUGAGUAUUGCCCGUUUUGCCGUGGCAAUUUCCGUGACUUUCAGCUACCCACUCUGUUUCAUUGGAGCCAGGGAUGGUCUUUUGGAUAUGUUCAAAUACCCACAAGAAAAGCGUGAUAAUGGAUUGCUUAACAAAAUGACGAUUGGUAUGAUUGCUGUUGUGACUGCUAUGGCUGCGAAGUUGACAGAUUUGGGAUUGGUGGCAAGUGUGGGAGGAGCUACCUUUGGAACGGCUCUUGUCUUUGUCUACCCAACACUCAUGAUGAUGAAGCUUAAAAAGAACAAGGGAGUUGAAAGCAAAAUCGCCGGUGUUAUUGCUCUCCUGGGUGUUGUCAUGGGUGUCAUUGGAACAAAGCUGUCAUUUGAAUAA